AUGUCUUCUUCGUCGAGUUCCUCAAGCGGGAGCUCACCGUCAGUGUCUUCGGAUAUAAGAUGGUACGGCGUGACGAAGCCAAUAAAGCAUAUCAACGAGCUGCCAGUGGAGUUGGUUAUGAGAGUGUUUAGUUACCUGGACAAUGAGGACGAUCGUUGGGCAUUCAUGACCACACAAUGGCGGUGGUUUAAUAUCGCCGUGGAUGCAUUGUGGUACCGUCCGGGAAUAAACAGUGCCGACCAAGUUGAUUUACUUUGUCAAACUUUGCGUGCGCAUUCUCCGCAGGCCGAUUAUGCAGCUAUGAUCCGCAGAGUAAACCUCAGCACCGUGGCAAAAUCCGUUAACGAUUAUGUUCUAGAUUCAUUCACACGUUGCCAUCAAAUUGAGCGUUUCGUGAUCUCCGAGGCUGAAAAUGUCACUGACGAAGGCGUAUGUGCCGUGCUGCAAGCUAACUCGAAUAUUCAGAGCAUCGAUGUAUCAAUGAUCAGCUCUCUCACUGACCGAGUGCUACAAGAGCUGGCAAACAACUGUCCUGGAGUGCAGGGGAUUUACGCCACUCAUUGUGUUGGAUUUACUGAUGAAGGAAUCGCUCAUAUUGCCUCCAAGUGUCCUGCCCUCAAACGGGCGAAAUUUGGCGGCUGUAGACUGCUAUCUGAAAACGGUCUAGGCAUGCUUGUUGACGGCUGCCGAUAUAUUAUGGAGCUAGAUAUUUCUUGCUGUGGUGCAGGAACAUCAAUGGGAUCUAUCUCAGACUCUAUGGUGAAGUCGGCACUGGAAAAGCUGCGUAGUCUCAGAGAAAUAAGGCUGGGCUCAAACGAAGAUCUCACAGCCAAAGCAUUUGACCUUAAACCCGGAACUACUUUGGAGAGCUUAAGGCUGGUCGAUCUCACCUCUUGUCCCGGAAUCACCGACGAAGCGAUCGCUAAACUUAUCCAGCUCGCGCCUCGCUUGCACAAUAUUGUGCUAGCGAAAUGCAUAUCGCUAACCGAUAGAAGCCUGGCGCUUAUUGCCCAACUUGGUCACAGUCUGCACUAUCUCCACAUCGGACAUUGUUCACAGGUCACAGACCGUGGCAUUGCUGCAAUAGCGCAAAACUGUCCUCGUCUUCAGUACAUCGAUGUCGCGAACUGCAACCGGAUUUCGAACCGCACUCUUCAAGAAUUGAGUAUGCUCCCUCGGUUGCGACGUAUUGGUUUGGUAAAAUGUAACCAAAUCGACGAUGUUGGAAUCCUAGCGUUCACUCGACGCCCCCUUCUCGAAAACACUCUCGAAAGGGUGCACUUAAGUUAUUGCUCAGCCAUUUCCGUGGCUGUCAUCAAAAAGCUGCUUGAUAGCUGUCCCCGACUCACCCACCUAUCGCUCACUGGUGUUCCCUCGUUCAUGAGGCCCGAGCUCACACAAUUCUGUCGCGAUCCGCCCCUGGACCUGACCCAACACCAAAUGUCGGUGUUCUGCGUCUACAGCGGCUCCGGCGUACAUCGGCUCAGGGAAUAUUUGAAUCGAAAUCAUGCGCAUAUCGAAAUUGCAGCAUUUGAUCCGGAGGUGCUUGCAAUGCGGCAAGAGCCCAUGGAAAGCUAG